AUGUCGUACCACGCUGGUCGCAUCUCUCCCAGAUCCUCUGAAACAAGUGAAGAGCACGAAACACGUCGACCUCAAUCCAAUUCAUCUGCGCCAAAUAAGGGCCAGAAACCUUCGAGCCUCAGUCGCGCUGUACAAAACCUGCUGAGCACCCCUCAGUCUACAAGGAGUGCGGGCACUGGUCUUGGUGGGGUUUCCUUGUCUCUGAGACGUGGGAGUCGCAGUCCAGUCGAGCCCUUGGUGUCUUCGCCCCUGCGUAUAAGCUCCUCCGUCAUGGCGUCCGCUCCGAGCUCCCCGGAAAGACCCAAGUCCGAUGCCGACGACAUCCCGCGGAGAUCAUCGGACCAAUUUGAUCGUGAGAAGCACCAUCUAGUGUCGACGGAGGCUGUUCUGGAGAAAGAUGACCUUGCAAAAUCAGACGUAACAUCGGAGCUGCCGGGGUCGAAGAGGCAGUCGCGAGACAAAUUUCAAGGGAAGCGCGGUAUGGUUGCGAUGAUGUCGGGCUUGGAAUCGAGACUGUUUCCCAGGAGUUUUUCACGCGGAAGGGAGUCGAAUGGAAGCUCGGCUCGACGGGGGUCAUCAUUGGAUUCCAGGACCUCACCUUCGUCGCAGCCUGGUCGUUCAAUUUCCCCUUCCAGUCGCUCUUCACAAUCUGGUCCGAAACCAACCCUCAGCAACACCGAGAAGGGAAAGGGACUCAAAAUGGAGGAUGUCCACAACCAAUCCGACGAGGUUCUACCCAAGUCCUCUAGUCGUUUUCCGGACUACGUGAAGCCCACUGACUACGAGGAAGCUGGUGUGCGUCUGGCCAAGGACGUGUUUGAUCGCGACAAGAACAUCAUUGAAAGUAGCGACGAGGACACUGACAAGUCAUUCAGCGAGGAUGAUAAUGUCGGACUAGGUCAGUGGCGGGGCCGAAAGAAGAAGGACACCGAUAUCAGCUCCAUCACCCCUAGCGACUUCAUCAAACCAAAGGAGAACAAGACUCCACCAACAGAUGAGAAAAAACCUACCAAGAACGUCAGCUUCCAGGAUAACGACAAGAAGCCCCGAAAGUCGGCCUUGAAGUCCGUCAUUCACCCUCAGACCAGCUUUGACAUCCCAACUCCGCAUUCGCAGUCUGCCGCCGGCACUCCGUAUGGAUCGGAGGAUGAAGCCGAGAAGGAGGAUGUCCAUCGUGCGCAGCAGCUCAGCAUCUUCAUGUCCACCAUCGAUAGCCGUGUUCCUAACCGAUCCAUCCGCACGAUCGUCCGCGAGAACUUUGCAAGCAUGCAGGAAGAAGCUGACGGUGGGCGCCGUCGUCAGCGCAAGUAUUUGGUUGCACUCGACCUGAGUGAUGAAUCCGUGUACGCUCUUGAAUGGACCAUCGGUGCAGUUCUUCGAAAUGGAGACACAUUGUACGCCAUUUACGCAAUGCACGAGGAUGCCAAUUCCUCCUCCGUACAGGUUGGCGAAGGAGCCAAAGCCAUGAAAGACGCCGAUGCCGUUGUGGGCACUCAGACAAAGGAAGCCAGCCAGGGCUACAAUGCUGCAUCUCGCACUAUCUUGGGCCGACUGGGACCAGGAACUGGCAGCAAGUCAAGCUCUGCCGACUCUCGGGCCUAUCCUGUGGCAGAGGCGGAGCGGGUCAAAGCUGCGGAGUCCAUCUCGAAGACUUGCAUCCACCUGCUGCGCAAGACCCUUCUGCAGGUUCGCAUUGCUGUCGAGGUGAUUCACUGCAAGAGUCCCAAGCUCAUGGUUACCGAAGCAAUUGAUGAGCUUGAGCCCACUAUGGUGGUGGUUGGUGCUCGCGGUCAGAGCGCUCUGAAGGGUGUCCUUCUUGGUUCUUUCUCCAACUAUCUGCUCUCCAAUUCUUCUGUUCCCGUGAUGGUCGCGCGCCGCAAGCUCAAGCGUCACCCGUCGAAGGGAUCUCAGGCUUCGAAAAUUCGCCUCUCCAACAACCUACCAACCCCCAAGAGUCUCAUCGACGCUAAAGUGGACUGA